UUUAAGAAUCCAAUUCCAUGUCCUCUUGUAUAAAAGGAUCAUUUUCUUCCUACCAAACUCUAUAUAGUUCCUAAGUUUAGAUCCUUGUAAUCAACACACAUCCUCCACGUCCAGUAGUUUAUCAAAACACAAAAGAGCAAAGAAUUUCAACCUUGGGGUCGAGAUUUUUUUCUAAGACAUUUGGUUGAUGAUGAGAAUGAGAGUUGGAGGGGAGAAAAGGUUUGCUUUGCUAUUAGCAGCAAGAGACUCAGAUUAUGUGAAGAAAGUAUAUGGUGGAUACUUCAAUGUGUUUGUUGAUGCAUUAGGAGAUGAAGGGGAGAGAUGGGAUUUGUUUCGUGUGGUUGAAGGUGAUUUUCCGGAUAUGGAUGAGCUACAAAAUUACCAAGCAUUUGUGGUGAGUGGAAGUCCUUAUGAUGCUUAUGGGAAUGAGCAUUGGAUUCUCAAGCUUUGUUAUCUCUUGCAAACCCUAUUUUCCAUGCAAAAGAAAGUUCUUGGCAUAUGCUUUGGCCACCAAGUUUUAUGUCGAGCACUAGGAGGAUCAGUUGCAAAAUCAAACAGUGGAUGGGAUAUUGGAGUAAGAGAAAUCACAAUAUUGAAGGAACUCUUGCCUCGCAACUCAUUUGAAUUGGAUGAAAUCCCAUCAUCCCUUUCUAUUAUUGAGUGCCACCAAGACGAGGUUUGGGAAGUUCCAGAUGGUGCACAAGUGAUUGCAUAUUCGGAUAAAACGGCUGUGGAGAUGUUCUCAUAUGGGAACACUGUGUUGGGGAUUCAAGGACAUCCUGAAUAUACAAAAGACAUUCUCAAUAAUCUGAUUGAUCGUCUGAUUUCCGCACACUCUGUAGAGGUAAAUAAUUAACCAAACCAAGAACUUUAAUUUCAGUUUAGGUUGUAGUUCAGAACCAUCUGUUAUUACUCAUUUUAUCUCAGAAUGAUUGUCUUAUUUGUUACCCUUUCUGUCUUAUAUUGAUUGUUUUGAAUUUUUAUUCUUAGUUUAUUUUGUUACCGAAAAUAAAAUUCAAACUGGGCAUAUUAUUUCGGGGUGGAAGGAGUAUAUUAUAUUUUUUUUAAUGACUGAGUUUUUGUUAAACGUAUAUUUUGUAUGGCAGAGGGGUUUUGCUGAACAAGUGAAGGCAAAAUUGUUGAUCACUGAUCCUGAUAGGAAGUAUUGGGAAAAGAUCUGCAAAAGCUUUCUUAAAGGCAUAUAAAUCCUCAAUUACACUAUCAAAUUUCUUUUCUUUUCUUUUUUAUGGAGAUUCGCUAAAAUUUUGUAUUAUAUAAUUCAAAUGAUCCCAAUAGUGAAGGCAACAUAUACUCCCCGUGUCAUUUUCAGAGAAUAAUCCACACACACACACACACACAUAUAUAUAUAUAUUUACUUGACACCAGCUUAAGAAAAUAGAAACUUCUCAAAAAUUAAGAAAUCAUAUUCUUUAUUUUGCAAGAUACAUUUCAUUAGAAAAGGAGAAUAUUAUUGUUAUAUGCAAUUUGAUUAGAUAAUGUCUAAGAAAAAGAGGAGCAAAUUACAUUGGACGAGAAAAUUAAAGGAACUUUAUAAUGGUCUCUCUCUCUCUCAAUCUAAUUAAUCAACAAGUGAAACCAAUAGAGUUUGUUUGACAAAUAGGUGCUACUGGCCAAGUUGUUUCUGUAAUUUGUUUGGAAGGUUUCCAUAUAACACUCACUCUCUCACUCUGUACCAAAAAAAAUACUAAUUCAAAUUGAGUUUCAAAAUUCGUAUUUUAAGCUAUAUAGUUCAAAUUUAUUUGUUUCUAUAUUUUCGCAAUACAUAUAUAAGAAAGAUUAAGAUAGAUAUGAAUCUUUCCUUUCAUACAACACGAGUUACUUCCAGCAAGAACG